UUUUUUCAAAAUCUUUUUCUUGCUUUCCGCUGUGGAUUAUAACUGCAACAUGACGCUGGAAGAGGUCGUGGCGUGCGACAACGCGGCGCAGAAGAUGCAGACGGUGAGCACCGCGGUGGAGGAGCUGCUGGUGGCCGCCCAGCGCCAGGACCGCCUCACGGUGGGGGUGUACGAAUCGGCCAAGCUGAUGAAUGUGGACCCCGAUAGCGUGGUCCUGUGUCUCCUGGCCAUUGACGAAGAGGAGGAGGAUGACAUCGCUCUGCAAAUCCACUUCACCCUCAUCCAAUCUUUUUGCUGCGACAAUGACAUCAAUAUCUUGCGGGUGUCCGGCAUGCGCCGCCUGGAACAGCUGUUGGGCGAACCCCCCCAAACGCAGGGCAACCCCGAGUCCGAGGACCGAGAUCUGCAUUGCCUCCUGGUCACGAACCCUCACACAGAAACCUGGAAAUGCAAAGACCUGACAGAAGUGGCCAGUUACUGCGAGGAGAGCAGGGGGAACAACCAGUGGGUCCCUUACAUCUCUCUGGAGGAGCGCUGAGGUGCUUCCCAUCACCACCAGCCCAGCUUGAGAACCUGUGGAGUUGCUGGCAAAAAAGAAAAAAAAUAAAUAAUUGACCUCCCGUCCCCCC